AAACUCCCCCCAGGCCCAUGGAACCUCCCCAUCAUAGGAAACGCCCACCUCCUCGCCUACAAACCCCCUCACCGAACUCUCCGCGAUCUCGCCACAAAGCACGGCCCCAUCAUGCACCUCAAGCUCGGACAGGUCGACUUCGUCGUCGUCUCCUCCCCCGACCUCGCCAAAUCCGUCACCAAAACCAACGACAUCAACUUCGCCUCUCGCCCCGAACUACUAACCACAAAAAUCGCAGGUUAUAAAACCACCAACCUCACUUUCGCCCCUUACGGCGCCUACUGGCGCCAGCUUCGGAAGAUCUGCGUCCUCCAUCUGUUAUCAAGCAACCGCGUUCGGUCGUUCUACUCGCUCAUGGAACAAGAGAGCGCAAAUUUAGUCAAAGAUAUUUCGACGAGGAAAAGUUCGCCGGUGAACGUGACUAAGAUGGUGGCGGCGAUGGCGAACAGGGUUAUAUGUAGAGCUGUGUUUAGUAUGGCUCGUGAAGACGCGGAGAUGUUCCUGAAGACCGCGGAGGAGUUGAUUGUGUUCGCUUCGAGUUUUAGGAUGGUCGACAUAUUUCCUACUUCUAAGGUUGUGGAUUUGAUUAGCGUUCCGACAGUUAGAUUGAUAGAGAGGGUUCGUGGGCAAAUGGAUGGGAUGUUGGAUAGGGUGAUAAGAGAGCAUCAAGAGAAGAAGAAGAAGAAGAAGAUGAUGGGGUUAAAGGAGGGAGGAGGAGAGAGUAAGGAUGAGGAUUUGGUUGAUGUUUUGCUCAGGGUUAGUGAGAGUGGGGAGCUUGAAGUGCCUAUCACCAUGGAUAACAUCAAAGCUACAAUUAUUGACAUGUUCUUCGCAGGAACAGACACAACGUCAUCCCUCCUGGAAUGGGCAAUGUCAGAGCUAUGCAAGAAUCCCGACACCAUGCAAAAAUGCAAACAAGAGCUCGAUCAAGUCCUAAACAGCAAACACAAAAUACAAGAAAAAGACCUCCUCAACCUCCACUACCUAAAACUAGUGAUCAAGGAGACCCUGCGGCUCCACCCUCCGGGCCGCGAGCCCUGCGACAUCGACGGCUUCCACAUCACCGAAGGGACCAGGGUCGCUGUCAACGUGUGGGCGAUGGGGAGGGACAAAGGAAUCUGGGGGGACGACGCGGAGAGCUUUAGGCCGGAGAGGUUCGAGGAGAGUUCAGUUGAUUUUGGAGGGGGGAGCUUCGAGUUCUUGCCGUUUGGCGCGGGGAGAAGGAUGUGCCCUGCGAUCGGGUUCGGGUUGGCGACGGUGGAGAUUGCGUUGGCUCACUUGGUUCACUGUUUCGAUUGGGAAGUUGUGGAUGGGGAGGAGUUGGACAUGAGGGAGGCGAUUAGGCCGACGUUGAGGAGGGAGGAGGAGUUGGUUUUGGCUGCAAGUAAAUACUACUUGUGUGAUGCGGGGUACACAACCCAGCCGAGUUUUAUAUCCCCGUAUAGGGGUGUCCGUUAUCAUCUCAAGGAAUUUACGGGGAGAACACCUCAAAAUAGGAGGGAGUUAUUCAAUCUUAGGCAUUCCUCUUUGAGGUCAAGGAUUGAAGCUACAUUUGGUAUAUUGAAGAAUCGUUUCAAGAUUCUUACGGCAAAACCCCACUACCCCUUCAAGACUCAAGUGAACAUUGUCUUGGCAUGCACGGUUCUCCAUAACUACAUUGCAACAGUGGACCCAAACGAUGACUUGUUGAAUGAGGAUAUCGACAUUUGUGAGGAUGAUACUGAAGAGGCAAUUAAUGCAGGAUGUGGCGUUAUUGAUUUCUCGCAGUCCCAAACAGUCAGAGAACAAGGUGCCUCUAAGGAUGAGUGGAGAUAUCGCAGAGAUCAAAUCGCUCUGGACAUGUGGACUGACUAUUGUUGUAAAUACCGAAAUGGUGACAUGGCUGAGUCUGCGGUGUGA